ACAAACCACGGUCUUGGGUACUCCGGCACCAACAGCGUGUCGGCAGUUUCAAGCACACCAGUCAGUGCUGCCGUGCACGCAGUUAAUUCAAGUACAAACACACAGACUUCCACAACAUCUGGCCAACGGGAUCGACCCAGUAGUUCACUGAACCAAACCUCCCCACCAUUUUACGGUACCACACAAUCUUAUCAACAGUCUCAUACCACACCGGCCAGUUGCAGUCUAAGCACCUACGACUUAUCGCCACCUUUGAGAUCCAGUAUGACUUCCAGCAAUUACUACAAUCAGUACUUCUCUCACUAUAUUCGAGGAAGUGAAUUCAACCCUUUUCAGUCAAUUGUGCCACGCUUAGACUCUUCCAUGCACUAUACAGAUCAUCCCGGUUCGACACAUGCACCUUCACAUUACGACUAUCCUUAUUCCUACUCCCAGUAUGGCAUACCGGCUAUUCUGCCUGGUCCCUCCAGUUCCACCCAACUCAGCUCACCUACUGGUGGGUCUGGGAUGGUACCUCCACCACCGCCUUCGCUCCCGUCUGGAUCGCAUUCGGAAUCAGAACCCUUUUCUUAUCAGCACUCGUCAGCGCUGGUAGACGGACACCCGAAUUACUUCUGCAAACCCAACAGAGCAAAUGGCACACAACCGCAUUCUUCGUCACCUGGACCGCACACUCACUUCAUCGACUACCAUGGAAACCAUUCGCCAUAUGCACCAAACCGACCAUCUUCAAGAAUCCGGCAAACAAAGUUGGCUAAUGCGACGGCUACGAUGAAUGGCAACACUGCUAUCGGGAGUCGACGAGGAGAUCGAAUGUUAAAUGGAGACGGAGGUGAUCAUGAUCGGGUAACCACCAGGUCUCGAGAUCAUGCCAAUUCUGAGGAUAGUAACUCCCAAAAGGACGCAAUGGACGAUUUGGAAUCGGACUCAAGGAGUGAUUUAAAACGUCAGAAGAAACGAGGGAUUUUUCCAAAGGUGGCCACAAAUAUUAUGCGAGCCUGGUUGUUCCAGCAUUUAACGCAUCCCUACCCUUCGGAGGAGCAGAAAAAACAGUUGGCACAAGAUACUGGACUGACCAUAUUACAAGUCAACAAUUGGUUUAUCAACGCGAGGCGCAGAAUUGUCCAGCCGAUGAUAGACCAGUCAAACAGAAGCGGCCCCCAUGCCUACUCACCCGCUGAAGCGGCUCCGUCUUGUGUAAAUUACAUGGAAGGAACUCCGUACGCCGCGUACACACGUGCUGCGCAGGCAGCAGCUGCAGCAGCCGGAUUUCCGAAUCAUCCUAGCUCAAACGAUAUGUACUUAGCGGCUGCAGCCGUUGCGGCCGCAGCUUCUGCCGGAAAUCCGAUGGGUGGACCUGGGGAUCCCGGUUCACGCUUUUGCACCAGUUUUUCUAGCAGUCAGUGCUCGAAUGUACCACGUGAACAUCCAGUGGAUGACACCAUAUCGAACAACUCCUUCAUGUCCGAAUUCUUCAACAGUGAUCGUGCAUUGAGCAGUCAAGAUCGACCUGAACCAGGGUCGCAUAUGUCCUCCUCGUCCUACAGUGGCCUACUACCGGCCGCGGUUGCUGCAGCAGUGGGAAGUGGGUCUGAGAGCUGUUCCAAUCUAACUUCCACUGCAUACCCCUCAGCAUUCUCCUACUAUGGCCAGUUCGAUCCACUUACUGGCUACGCGCUGAAUAAUCCGGCAUUGGCGGCCUACUAUGCUGGAGGCAACUUACCCACAGGCGUUUCAAAUGGGUUUGAGGCUGCGUCUGCUUUCUACAAUUCAACGAUUAUGGGCAAUACCAGUAGUUCCAAUUACCCGAGUGGAUAUAACGGUCGUGGCUACCGGGGAAACAGUGCCAGUACCGAGAGUAAUAGCAGUCACGGGAGUGAAGGUGGCACAACUAUGCAUAGCCUAAAUUCGCGAAUGGUUGGUGCCACUGGAGCUACAAACUGA